AUCUUGAUUUCGGAAGCACUCGCAGUUUCCACGCUCGAGUCCCCUUCAUCACCCACCAACAAACAGCGCCCCAUUCCCAACCACAAAAAACUUGUUAUUACUAUCCAGGCUCAAAGAAGAGCCCUACCUCCCUGAAAAUGAAUCCAUCCUGCCCACAACCGCUCGUCCCACCGCCAGCCGUUCUCCCGGAAGCCUCACCCACCCCUUCGGCCGGUCUCUACAACUUUGAAGAUGGCUACGACUACAUCUCGGAACCCAAUGAGAACCUGGUCUGUCCAAUCUGCAGGAACCCGUUUAUAGAGCCAGUGAUGUGUGAAUCAACCGACCACAUCUUCUGUCAGUCAUGUCUGAUCAAGUCCUUGGAGGUUUCUGCAACUUGUCCUAUCGACCGUCUGCCGCUAUCGCUCUCGUUGAUUGUCCCGGCCCCCAAGAUCAUCAACAAGCUGGUAGACGAACUCCUAGUCUCUUGCCCCUUCAAGGCUAAACUAGGCUGUUCGUUCGUCUGUCAACGCGACCUCAUCCAAACCCACGUCCACUCCCAUCAGGCUCAACUUGAUCAACUAGCUUCUGAUGAAUCCCUCUAUCCACAAGUACAUGGGUCCUCCCAGAAUGCCCCCUUGUUGGAUUCAACUGUUUUUCAAAGAUCACGGCUUGGACUUACCUCCCCGAAGUCUUGUCUCUUGCGCUUUCAAUGGCUCGAGAAUCGCGCAACCCUGGUUUCCAAACCCCAGAGUCAAAUCCAGACAGACUCAGGACCUGAUUCAACGAGCAAUCAACCCAAGUUGAGUCCUUGUCCAUUCGAGAGAUUCGGAUGUUCGUUCAUGGGCACACCUGAAGCAAUAACCCAACAACAUCUGUCUGUUACUUCGGACUCGACUAUCUCGGCCGAUGAGCCCCGUUGUCAGUUUGCUUCUAUGCAAGAGGUCCUCCAUUGGUUUGAACACUUGGAGGCAAGGAACGCUGAGCUGAAAGUGCAGCUCUCACAGUCCUUGGUUCAGCAGGGUCAACUCACUUCCGUCCUCGACAAACUCAAGAUCAGUUUCCGACAACUGUGGCGUUCCCAGCAGUCUGGCGGCACCCAUUCACCUCUGACCACGGUCGCCGCCUCUGGUCCUGGGUCUCUACAUCGGGCCUCGAUCCUGUCCCGACUGGAGAUCCCAGAUCACUGUGCAUCGUCAGAGGUACCGUCUCCCGGACACUCAACGGAGGCCAGUCCGAUCCAUCACUCGAGUGAUGAUCCGUCCUCGACCAGCGGCUCCCGGAUGGCAUAUGCCCUCAACGGGGCCCGUCUCCGGCGUUGCGAUGAUCAUCCAAGCUCAGCCGUCUGCACUGGCAGGUGUGCCCAGUUUUACAGUCCCAUCGGCUCGCCUGCAAAGCUUAAAGUCCGGGUCAAGACCUUCCUCAGACGCGGCGAAGUGCUCACCCCAGCUUCCGAGGAUCUGCAUCACGAGCUUCCGACCGCUCCUAUCGCCGCCGACCAGCUUCCCCACCCCGCUAAAAUUGCCCCUUCGGCUGGUCCGGCUAGCCUCUCCAGUUCUCAUUCUAGUCUUCACUCUCAUUCCAGCUCCGCCUCCGGCCCAGUCUCCGACUUGCACCCUGACACUGAUGACCCCGCGAAGCGAACCUCAUGGUGGUAG